UUUUGUUUAUCUUUUUAAAAGAUAACACAUCCAGAAAAAAAAAAUUUAAUAAUAAUAAUAAAAGUACUUGUUAUAAGGAUUUCCAGCUGAUCUGCCCAACACAAACAUCUUUGAUUCUCCCCCCCAAAAAAAAAAAAAAAAAAAAUGAAUGUUAAAGAAGAGGAAGAAGACGCUUCAGUGCUCAAACUUGGCGACGAAUUUUUAAAGGCCAAAUGUCUAAUGAAUUGUGAGGUUUCCAUUCUUCUUGAGCAUAGAUGCGAUCAACUCAAGCAUUUGUCUGAUGACUCAUUGAAACAACUUCCACAAGUGUUUGAGAAAGCGCUGCAAUAUGUUAAACGUUUCAGCCGCUUCACUAAUCAGGAUGCUGUAAAGCAAGUUAGAGAAGUCCUUAGCAGAUACCAAUUGGCUGAAUAUGAGCUUGCUGUGCUUGGAAAUCUUUGCCCGGAAACUGUAGAGGAAGCUAAUGCCGUUGUGCCUUCUCUAAAGACGAAAGGACGAAGCCACGACGACGAAGCAAUAGAGAAACUGUUGAAUGACCUACUAAUGGUAAAGAAAUUUGAGUGAGUUUCUCAGAGUUUUCUUUUACUUCAAGAUGAAUAAAACUUAUCUGGUUGUGGUAGACUAUAUAUCUUUUGCCUUAAUCCUUUGCCAACAAGAUACCAACGUUGAACACAAAGUACUUCAGCUGGUUGUUGUACCCAAAUUUCAACUUUAUCUUAAUUUCCUUUUUACUUUUUAA